AUGCGUCUCCUCUCGCUCACCCUCCUCCUCUCCGCCGCCGUGGCGCUGCCUUCCGCUGAGAAGUCCUGCUCUGGCGUCGGCUUCCCCUGCGGCAACGCGACCGUAAACGCCUACGACUGCUGUGUCCCUCUCGUCUGUGGCCCGGGCGCGCAACCGGUUUGCCAGCAGCCUCCUCGUCCUCUUCCACUUCCAUACCGCAGGAACAAGAACUGA